AACUGCACGAUGCUGCAGACCGACCUGCUCGCCCCCGCGCACGCAGACCUCGUCACCCACCUCACGUACGACUACUACGGCGAACGCCUCGCAACAUGUUCCGCCGACCAGCGCAUAAAGGUCUUUCGGAAAGACGAGCACGGUAAAUGGGCCGAGGACGCCAACUGGAAGGCCCACGACGCGCCCAUCCUCCACCUCUCCUUCUCGCACCCGAUCCACGGCUCCCUCCUCGCCUCGUGCUCCCACGACCGCACAAUCCGUAUCUGGGAAGAACCCUCCUUUUCCACGUCCGCCACCGCCCCCGCCGCCUCCACCUCGCGCGCAUGGCUCGAGCGCGGUAUCCUCACCGGCCCCACCGGCGCCAUCCGCUCCGUCCAAUUCGGCCCCCCGGACCCCGCCCACGGCCUGCGUGUGGCCAGCAUCGCCACCGACGGAUACCUGCGCGUCCACACCUCGCUCGACCCGAGCCUGAACGACUGGUCAGAGGUCGUCAGGAUCCACGUCCCUUCCCUUCCCGGCCCGUCCUCCGCGCCCAGCGACGACGGCGGCACCGGCACAGCGUCCUCCUCUGCCGCGGGCACGGGUCUCACAGGGACACUUGCCAUGGCCAGUGCCGCGGGCGACAGUGGGGGCACGAGCCAUCACCCGCACACAUCUGAACUGGCCACGGGCGGAUGGGGACUCAGCUGGUGUAAAGAACGAUGGUGGGGUCCUCUCAUCGCCGUCUUUGCAGGUACCUCCCCUUCCCUCAAACUCGUCUCCCUCUCCCCUACCCCAUCAUGCGUCCUGCUCCUCACUCCCUCCUCCACUCCUUCCACCACCUCUUCCGGCCCCACCCAGUACGCCCCACUAACAUGCCUCGCAUGGGCACCCAACUGCGGGAGAAACUACCACCUCUUGGCCACCGGCGCUCGUGACGGCACCAUCAGGAUAUGGCGAGUCGAACCCCCCGGCGAACGGGGCAGAGUCGAUUACGACACUGGCGGCGAAGUGGUCAAAGAGUGGAGGGGGCAGUGUACCGGCGAGUUUGGAAAAGGUGGAGCAAGGAUCGGCACGGUGGAUUGGAACGCAACAGGUACAAUGCUAUCUACAACAGACGACGAAGGUAUCGUCAGAAUAUACAAACCUACGUACGCAAGAAGCUGGAGUCUCCUCGGAUCGUUGGCGGCGGAAGAACCUCCCCUGGAAGACGGUUUGAAUGGCCAUUAAAAAUCCUCGAAGCAAGAGGCGAUAAAGUUACAUUUUAUUUAAUAUGUAUAGCAUCAGCAAAUGCCAGACUAGACAAAAAUGCAUGCAUACUUG